UGAACAAAACAACUAAGCUAAUUUUCGUGGACGUGGAGGCAACGACCCUUUGUUUGUUAUGCUAAUUAGAAGAUUAAAUUCCAGAUUUCCGUUUAGUUAAUGUAUGUAGAAUAUAAGAGUACGUUUUAGUUUUGAGAUUUAAAACUGUCACGAAUAUAGCCAAAUUACAAGUAAUAAAAAAUAACAAACUAAAAUAGGAGAUAGCAUAUAUUUAGUGCGCAUAGUUGGUAUUCGAAUAAGUUUGUCUUUGCAGCAAGUCGUUGUCGGGCCUGGCGCCCACGUUUCAGUUUGUUUUUGACGACGGUGCUACGUCUAGCUCCAGCGGCUGUUCCAGUCAACACCUGAGCUAAUACACGCCAACAACUGCCGUGCAGUGCCGCAUCGCGCCGUACGCCACCGUAGCGUGGCUGCCUAUGUCGUUGAAGCCACCGCCCUGACACGUAUUCGGCGUAUGCAGUGACAGGAAAAGGAGAUCUAAGGACCAAGAAUGCGGAGGCCCAACUUCAAGUGGAUGGUCAAGUCCAUCCUGCUGCUGCUGAUAUCGCUGACCCUGUUGGUGCUCAUCACCAGCUGGAUAUCUUCGAGCCCCUACACCAACCGGCCCGUUCAUCACAGCGUCGAGCCACAGCCCGAGAAGGCAGAGCUUUUAGCUCCAAAAGCCGCCGAUGUGAACGAAAAUGUAGUAGAACGUAUCCAGCCCAUUCACGUAGAUCCGCUGAAGCCUCAUCCCAAGCCGCAACAACAGGCGCAACCAGAAGGCGUAGACGAAAACGAACCGGAACCAGAUUAUCCUGACGAAGGACGCAAACGAGUGCGGCCGAAGAACGACAAUUAUGGCCAGCAGCCUGAGCUGGAGCUACAUCUGAAGCCACAUGACAUUGGGAAGAACGUAAAAGAUUGGCACGACUACGUGGCGAUGGAUAAAGAUGCUGUGCGCGUUGGUAUCGGGGAAGGAGGAAAACCGGCCAAAUUGGAAGAUGAGGCGACGAAAGAGCAGGAGCGUAGAAUGUCUUUGGAAAACGGCUUCAAUGCUCUGCUCUCCGACUCCAUAUCUGUAAAUCGCUCGCUGCCCGACAUUCGCCACAAACUCUGCCGCCAGAAGGAUUACCUGGUCAAGCUGCCCACUGUCAGCGUCAUCAUCAUUUUCUACAACGAGUAUCUGAGCGUGCUGAUGCGCUCUGUGCACAGUCUUAUCAAUAGGUCGCCCCAAGAGCUGCUCAAGGAGAUAAUUUUGGUGGACGACUUCAGUGAUCGGGACUAUCUGCACGCCGAGCUGGAGCUCUACAUAAAGGAGCACUUCAGUCAAAUCGUUCGAGUGGUGCGUCUGGCCAAGCGCACGGGUCUGAUUGGAGCCCGGUCGGCCGGGGCACGGAAUGCAACCGCGGAAGUGCUCCUCUUCCUCGACUCGCACGUGGAGGCCAACUACAAUUGGCUGCCCCCGCUACUGGAGCCGAUUGCCAAGAACAAGCGCACGGCUGUCUGUCCCUUCAUCGACGUCAUCGACCACACCAACUUUAACUAUCGCGCCCAGGACGAGGGUGCACGCGGUGCCUUCGACUGGGAGUUCUAUUACAAGCGACUGCCUGUGCUGGAGGAGGAUCUAAAGUAUCCUGCCGACCCCUUCAAGAGUCCCGUCAUGGCUGGAGGCCUUUUCGCCAUAUCCAGGGAGUUCUUCUGGGAACUUGGCGGCUACGACGAGGGCCUGGACAUCUGGGGCGGCGAGCAGUACGAGCUGAGCUUCAAGAUCUGGAUGUGUGGCGGCGAAAUGUACGAUGCGCCCUGCUCCCGCAUUGGCCACAUUUAUCGCGGUCCUCGCAAUCACGUGCCCAGUCCCCGAAAGGGUGACUACCUGCAUAGAAACUACAAGCGGGUGGCCGAAGUCUGGAUGGAUGAGUACAAGCACUUCCUGUACGAGCAUGCCGAUGGCAUCUACGACCGCAUCGAUGCCGGAGAUCUGACGGAACAGAAGGCGAUACGUCAAAAGUUAAACUGCAAAUCCUUCAAGUGGUUCAUGGAGGAGGUGGCAUUUGACUUGAUGAAUAGCUAUCCGCCCAUAGAUCCGCCCACAUACGCGCUCGGCGCCAUACAGAAUGUUGGCGAUAAGCGCCUAUGCAUAGACACGUUGGGACGCCGAAAACACAACCGGAUGGGCAUGUACGCCUGUGCCGAUGACCUUAAAGUGCCACAAAAGUCUCAGUUCUGGGAGCUCAGCUGGAAGCGGGACUUGCGGCUGCGUCGCAAAAAGGAAUGUUUAGAUGUCCAGAUUUGGACUGAGAAUGCGCCCGUCUGGCUCUGGGACUGCCAUUUGCAGGGGGGCAAUCAAUACUGGUCAUAUGACUACCACACGCAGACUAUCAAGCACGGCCAGGAGGGGAGGCGGUGCCUCGAGCUGGUACCCUUCGCGCAGGAGCUGGUGGUGAACGUGUGCAACGACACUAAUCUGUUCAUGAAGUGGAACUUUGGCUCCUUCAAUAAGACGGCGCUAGACAACUACGACAAGGAUCUCGUCCUAGAUCUGAUUUGAUUGACUCAAUUCCCACUUGCCAUGUACUUAACACUUCAAUGUAAAUAUCUAGGCUACACAUACAUAUAUGUAGGUUGUAAGACAAUUGGCCCAAUUUACCACGACUCAAGCGCACAUUCCAAUGCUGCAUUAAACGAGACUUUAUAUACAUACAUAUGUAUGUAUAGAUAUGUACAUGCAUUUAUACUCUACUCGUACGUGUACGAAGAUUGUAGUAAUCAUGUGGGUGCUAAAACACUUUAUGAAUUCAGUAUGAGGUAGAAGAAGAAAAAUGCACAUGAGCGAGUGUAACUUUGUUUUCGUUUUAUUUAAUAUUAAUAUCUGUUUGCUUUCAAUACGCGUACUUUAAAUAAAUAUAAUUUAUGUUUCUUCCUCCUUCCACUCCUCUCCACGCCGUAACUUCUUCACAUUCCGUAUAUACUGUUAUAUACGUUCUAAGAGUCGCGUAUUGUAUUGUUUAUCUCGUCUUACAAUAUGUAUUCAUGUAUCUUCCUUCGUCUUCUCUGACAUUUGCGCUCGUCAGGUGCGCCGUGCCUUAUCUUUGUUCUGCUCUGUUCGCUCUUCUGCUGUUCUGUUUCUAUACUCGCUUAUUACCUAUACUUCAGUGUUUUUUUAAAUUGUUUUCUGCUUUAUCAUAUGCCA